AUGUUGGAGAUCACAGAGAAGAUGGCGGCGAUGUGCCAAGCGGUGCAGUCUCUGGUACUAGCGCGGACUCAGGCGCCCGCGGCAGCACCACCAACAGGGCAGCCGCCGCCUAAGAUUCGGCUUCAAAAGAUGACGUCGGAGGACGACCCAGAAGCGUUCCUCACGACGUUUGAACGGGUCGCCGAAGCGUCCUCCUGGCCGGUCGAGUGUUGGGCGGCGCAGCUUGCCCCAUGUCUGUCGGGAGAAGCAGAGGCAGCCUACCGGGCCCUAAGCAAUGAAGCCGCCAGGGAUUAUCAGCAAGUGAAGGUGGCCAUAUUACAACGGCUGAAUAUCACCCCUGAGUCUCACUGCCGUAAAUUUCGACACUAUGUCCGGCCGAAGGGAGCCCGCCCGCGCAUCAUCGCUCAACAGCUCUGGGACCACCUCACUCGCUGGCUGCAACCAGGGGAGCGUACCAAACAACAGUUGAUGGAGUCGGUGGCUGUCGACCAGUUCUUGUCUGUGCUAGAUCCAGGGACCCGGGACUGGGUGGCCAGGAACACCCCAAACACCAUGGAGCGAGCAGUGGAACUGGAAGUGGAACUAUGA